AUGGUGUAGAUUAUGUAGUGUUAAUGAGAUUCAUAAUGUUUAUUAAUGUUAUUCAUUGCACAUGACGUCAUAAGGUCAAUGUAUUUGCUUAGCUAGCUGCUAGAACUAUUAUAGAUUAUCUUUGGCAACAAAUACGGCGGACUUAAACAAGGUAAGAGUAGCUGUUUAGGCCCUCAAAAGAUAGAGUAUGUUGUUAUGAUUAUGUUUCCUUGAUGGGAAGUAAAAAUGUCCAAAACUUUCUUAGCUAUGCUAGCUUCUUUAGCUCUGACAGCCACCCUUGUUGGACAAUUUCAUUGGCUAUCUAUUUAUAGUUUACUGUCAGUACGUAAUGUUACGUAUGCCAUGUGCGUUGAGAAGUAUCUCACUGUGAAAAUCGAAAUAAGUGUUAACGUUUGAACUAUCUAAUAUAAUCCUAGUCAGCAGUAGCACCUCAGUGCAUGGAAUAGCUCAUAUUACAUGGUCCUUCGAGCCGGAUCGAGCUACUAAGCUGUGAAGAGCCGUUUAGAGAAACUUCCAAAAUUGAAGAACGUGACCUCCAAUGGCGGAAGAACUAACACGCGGAAGAGGAGAGUGAGAGGCGGCCACAAGGCGUCCGCCACUAGGAUAAUGACGAGAGUAGAGGAGAUGCUGAGCUCUGGAGAUGAACCACAACGAGCUGUGUUGAACCAGUUAAGCAUGAGCCUCAAGGAGAAGCUGGAGGAGAUUAAGCUACUGGAUGCUGAGAUUCUGACGCUUGUGACGCUUGUGGGAGAUGAUGAACUGGAGGAUGAGAUUGGGCGAGCUGACAACUACAAGGAGCGUGUCUACGCCAGCCUGAUCGAGAUUGAGGCUCCAGUGACAUCUCGGGUCCCUGCAAGGACUACACCUGCAAUGGGCUAUGCCAGCAGUAAGGUCAGACUACCUAAAUUAUUGAUUAAGCCUUUCAAUGGGAUUUUAACUCAAUGGACUCCCUUUUGGGACUCGUAUCGUAUAAGUGUGCAAUUCAUGAGAACCCCGAGCUUUCAAAGGUUGAUAAGUUUAAUUAUUUGAGGUCUAUGGUGUCUAAUACGGCCCUCGAGGCAAUAUCUGGUUUGACCCUCACAGAUGCUAAUUAUGACGAAGUGAUCGAUCUAUUGCAAAAGCGAUUUGGUAAUAAACAACUUAUCAUAAAUAAACACAUGGAGCAAUUGCUACAUGUCGAUGGGGUGGCCUCCCAGAAUGAUACCAAAGGGAUCAGACAAUUAUACGAUGUGAUCGAAUCGAACGUACGAAGCCUCAAAUCGUUAGGGGUCAGUGCCGAGUCGUAUGGAUCGUUGUUAUCAUCUGUUUUAAUGAGUAAGCUACCGUCCGAAUUGAGAUUAAUCGCUAGUCGAAAGUUUGGAGACAGUGAAAGUUGGGAUUUUACAGAGCUAUUGGGUGUAAUUGAAGAGGAGGUUCAGGCUCGAGAACAGUCGACAACACGGGCGAAUUCUGAACCCACACGGGGAACUGAAACCCGUCGACCAAAGGAACACCCGACUGGAGCGGCACUAUUUACCGAGACCACCACACUCAAAUGCUGCUUUUGUGAACGAGAGCAUGCUUCGCAAGAUUGUCGAACGGUUGCAAGCAUUGAGUCUCGUCGCGAGGUUAUCAGAAGAACUGGUAGAUGCUACAUAUGUCUUGGAAAGGGGCAUGUGUCCCGGAACUGCCGCAGCCGAAUCAAGUGUCGUAGUUACAAAGGAAGGCAUCAUGUCGCGAUAUGUUCAGGCCAACCUAGGCGAAAGGCACCAGAAAACAAACAACAGGAAUCACCUCGUACAGGAGGGCUCGACCCUGAAGCCCCCCCUUUCCAGCUACCAAAAACGGGAUUAUUAUGGACGUAUUCUAGUACACCUGUACUUCUUCGAACAGCAAGAGCCACUGCAUACAAUCCAGACUGUCCGUCAACCUCUUUGAGUGUUCGAAUGGUGAUGGAUACUGGCAGCCAGAGAUCAUACAUUACAAACAGUGCGAGGAGCCGACUCGAGUUGACCGCUGCAGGAGAACAACGUAUGACUAUCAUGACAUUUGGGUCCGCCCAGAAUGGUGACAGUGUCUGUGAAUAUGUAAAACUAGGGCUCAAGCUGAAGAAUGGGGAGACGCAAAGUCUCUCACUGUUCACUGUACCUACGAUCUGUGAGCCAUUAAAGCCUCAUCCCCUCGUUGACUAUAGAAGGACAUAUCCACACUUGAGUGGAUUAGAGUUUGCUGACGAUCCGGAAGACGCUGAGACAAUCCAUGUGGAUAUGCUAGUUGGGUCUGAUCACUAUUGGGACCUCGUAACCGGAGCACUGCAGAGAGGAACAAACGGGCCAGUUGCCAUCGAAACGAGACUCGGAUGGGUUCUCUCUGGUCCUAUUUCCACUCCGAGUAUGGAUUCUCACGGUUUAAUAACACAUUCGCUGCACAUCACUUGUGAAGGAUUUGAGGAAAAGAUGCUGAAUGACACGAUGAGAUCGUUUUGGGAACUGGAAUCCCAAACACAGAUCGAUCACUGUACGAUAAACUUCGUGACACAAUAGUACGAAGUUCAACUUCCAUGGAAGGCACCGAGACUGGACCUUCCCAACAACUACGCGCUUAGUUUGAAGAGAUUGAAGGGGUUGCUUCGACGCCUCCGACACGACCCAGAUGUACUACGCGAGUAUGACAUGGUGAUCAAGACGCAGUU